UUCGGUCGAGCCUUUACCCAACCCGCUAAUAUAAAUAUGCGACCCCCCGAUUCCCGCUUUCCCUCGCUCUCUCCUCUCUCGAGCGAAAUCCAAAGGGCUGCGUUCUCCUAUCUUCAGAGAUCCAUACGGUCCGGAGCAAAUAUGUCGGGAAAAGGAGCCAAAGGGCUUUUGAUGGGCAAGAAUUCCGCUGCGAACAAAGAUAAGGAAAAGAAGAAGCCCGUUUCUCGUUCGUCUCGUGCAGGAUUGCAGUUUCCAGUUGGACGCAUACACCGGUUGCUGAAGUCCCGUAUUGCUGCAAAUGGAAGAGUUGGUGCUACAGCCGCUGUGUAUUCAGCAGCUAUUUUGGAGUAUCUAACUGCUGAGGUGCUGGAGUUGGCAGGCAAUGCUAGCAAAGAUCUGAAAGUGAAGCGGAUAACUCCUAGGCAUCUUCAGCUUGCUAUCCGAGGAGAUGAAGAGCUUGAUACCUUGAUAAAGGGCACCAUUGCUGGAGGUGGUGUGAUCCCCCAUAUUCAUAAGUCACUGAUUAACAAGUCCUCCAAAGAUUGAGUUCUCUUGAUGUGCCUGGUUAGAGUAAAAAUGUCUAAUUGUUUCUGUUACCUUUUCCCUGGCCUUCUAGCACAAAUAUACCCGAGCCUCCAACGUCCCCCUUCUCUGUCUGCUAAUGAAGACUUAGUGAGACUUGUGUUUGUUCUGUUGCAUCUCUGUUAUUUGACGGCACAUUUCUCAGGAGAUCGUGAUAUAUGAUUUCUCAUGUAGUUUAGUUGCC